AUGGUGGAAUCGGCAGCGGCCCCCGGCGGCGGCCACCGCCUCCGCCGCUGGAUCCCCACCUCCGUCGCCUCCGUGCUCACCCUGAAACCCCUCCUGAUCGCCUUCUGGAUGGUUUUCCUCUUCACCGUCUUCUACUGGCAGCGGGACGCCGCCGCCCCCGGCGGCGGCGUGCUGGUUUUCCGUCGUGCGCCCCCUCCGCCGCAGCAGAGGGAGCUUCCCAGGCUCCGGCCCGCGGUGUUCAACCUGACGGAUUUCGGGGCCGUUGGGGACGGGGCGACCCCCAACACGGCUGCGUUCGAGGCGGCCGUGAUGGAGAUCUCGAAGCUCGGGAAGAGGAGCGGCGGCGGCCAGCUGAACGUGCCGCCGGGUGUUUGGCUGACGGCGCCGUUCAAUCUGACCAGCCACAUGACUCUGUUUCUUGCUGAGGGUGCUGUUAUUCUAGGGAUUGAUGACGAGAGGCAAUGGCCUCUAAUGCCUCCCUUGCCGUCUUACGGAUAUGGGAGAGAACACCCGGGACCUCGAUAUGGCAGUUUAAUACACGGACAAAAUCUCAAAGAUGUUGUCAUUACAGGUCAUAAUGGCACCAUUAACGGGCAAGGUCAAACGUGGUGGAAAAAGUAUAGGCGCAAGCUUCUCAACCACACAAGGGGACCACUCGUCCAGAUUAUGUGGUCGAGCGACAUUAUAAUAUCUAACGUCACGUUAAGUGAUUCUCCCUUUUGGACUCUUCAUCCUUACGACUGCAAGAACGUGACUGUAAGAAAUGUGACCAUUUUGGCACCCAUCUUUGAAGCUCCAAAUACCGAUGGCAUAGACCCCGAUUCAUGUGAGGAUAUGGUGAUCGAGGAUUGUUACAUAAGCGUUGGUGAUGAUGGUGUUGCUAUAAAGAGUGGUUGGGAUCAAUACGGUAUAAGUUACGGCCGACCUUCCAUGAAUAUACUAAUUCGAAACCUUGUUGUUCGAUCCAUGGUCAGUGCUGGAAUAUCGAUCGGCAGCGAGAUGUCUGGCGGUGUUUCAAACAUCACGGUCCAAAACGUGCACGUGUGGAAUUCCAGGCGGGCUGUGCGGAUCAAGACUGCCCCCGGCAGAGGCGGCUACAUAAAACACGUGACCUAUCAAAACCUAACAUUCGACAACGUUCGUGUGGGCAUAAUCAUCAAAACUGACUACAACGAACAUGCUGACAAGGAUUUCGACCCGAACGCUAAUCCCGUGAUAGAGGACAUAAGUUACACGUCUGUACAUGGAGAGGGCGUGCGGGUCCCAGUUCGCAUACACGGGAGUCCCGAGAUUCCUCUGAAAAACGUGAGCUUUAAGGAUAUGUCGGUCGGGAUUACUUAUAAGAAGAAGCAUAUUUUCCAGUGUGCUUAUGUCCAGGGCCGUGUGGUGGGCUCCGUUUUUCCUCCACCGUGCGAGAAUCUCGACUUGUACGAUGAGAGGGGGAAUCUGACCAACGCCACCGGCACCACCAUUCAGACCACCCGCGUGACCCGAGCGAGCAUCACCCGGGCCAUAAUCGCAGCACCCCCUGUUCGCGUGUGCGGUCCCAGGCAAUCGCUGCAGUCCGUAAGAUUGUUGUUCGCAUGCCUCUGUUGCUGCCCAACGCUCCCGCAUGCCUCUCCCACGCGGGUAGCGAGUCACGUUUGGCCUCCCUUGCUCGUUUUCGUACCCUUUUUCCUUGAGAACGGUACAUGA